UUUUUUUUUUUAUAAUCCCAGUCUCGCGCCGCUUCUCCCGGCCGCCAUUUUGACGACGGGUUCUUCUGAAGCCUCGAGGCGGGCGGAGGCAGCGCCCUCCUCCCACGCCCGCCCAGCGCCGCUGAGAGGAACCGUGAGGAGGAAAUGGCGGCGGCGGAGAAGGCUCGGCUCGGCUGAGGCGACGCCGGGGCGAAUCCACCCCCUCAGCUGUCCCCUUCAUCGCGCGAAGCCGCCGGGCCUCUUCCGUGGCAGCCUUAUCGAGUGGAGCAUUGAUGGUUUUGGAGUUUUCUGAAUUGAGGCAAGAAGAUCCUUGUACUUCUGACUUCUCCAAGACAGCUAGUGCUGGAGAGAUUAUGCUGAGUGACUGGGACUCUCUGCCGAUCUCCAGCAAUUCUUCUUUUGGCUUCAGUCGAACCACUGAAAAAAACCCCACAACCUCUAAUGCGGUGUCAGAAGUGAAAUCUGAAGCAGAGAAAGAGAGUUUGAAAUCUCUGACCCUAGACACUGAAUCUAGUAUGGAAAACACGUCUCUUGCUUCAGAUGACAAAGACGAGCAAAGCAAUGAAGACGAGCAGAAGUCUGUUAAACCCACCAGUAAGGAGUUCAAGAAGACGUGGGGCUUUCGGAGGACCACAAUUGCAAAACGCGAAGGCUUAGGGGAAGGAGACAUGGAUGCUGCUGAACAGCAGCCCUCUCCACAGCAGCAGAGCCUGGCCCUGAGGCGGAGUGGGCGACAGCCCAAACGCACUGAACGGGUAGAAGAAUUUCUCACAACCGUGAGGCGCAGAGGCAGGAGGACCCUUCCUGCAGCCCUCGAGGACUUGAACGAGCCGACAUCCUGCCAGGUGACCGACAUUGAGACGGCCUCUGAAGGUAGCGUAGAAAGUUUGACAGAGAUAAAAAGCGCCUCUCAGAAGCGCCGCUCGAAGGACAGCAAGAGCCAGUCCGCUCAGAAAGGCAGAAGCACAAAAGAAGAGGAGGAGGAGGAGGAGGAAGAGGAGGGGGAAGAGGAGGGCACCUCCGACAGUGAUAGUGAUGGAUUAACAUUGAAAGAACUGCAGAACCGCCUGAGAAAGAAGCAGGUCGAGCAUAAGCCGACAGAGCUGACUUUAAAAGAGCUGCAGAAUCGGCUCAGAAGAAAGCUGCCUCCGCAAAGCGCUGCUGAUCAGACUGAUGUCCAGGCUGGCAGUCAGGUUAAGCCUGAAACAGCUGUCAAGCAAGAGCCAGAGAUCACAGAGGCCAUUCAGGCUGGAGAUCAGGGUGUUGCUGCCGAGGAAGUUACCAAAGAGGGCCAGGUGAAAAGUGAACCUCUUGAACAGUCUGGCAGUGAAGCUGAAGAAUCCAGAAAGAGCAAAUCGGAAUCUGAGGUUUACGAUCCAAGUGCUCUGUACUGUAUCUGCCAGCAGCCUCAUAAUAACAGGUUUAUGAUUUGCUGCGACAGAUGUGAGGAAUGGUUUCACGGGGACUGUGUAGGAAUUUCAGAGGCUCGUGGGCGACUGUUGGAAAGGAAUGGGGAGGACUAUAUCUGCCCAAAUUGCACCAUUCUGCAGGUGCAAGAUGAGCCAGUUGCUGAUACCCAGCAACAAGGGACUGUACUGGGGCAGCUGACGGAACUCACAAGUAUAGGGACGGUUGAGCAAAAGUCCAGUGAGGACCAAGGCAUCAAGGGCCGGAUUGAAAAGGCUGCAAAUCCAAGUGGGAAGAAAAAACUCAAAAUAUUUCAGCCGGUAGUUGAAGAGCCUGAAGCACCCCGUUGCAUUGGACCUGGUUGCUCUAAUGUGGCUCAGCCAGGUUCUGUGUACUGUGGACAUGAAUGCAUUAUCAAACAUGCUACAGCCACCAUGAAAUUGAUGAAUGAAAGCAAAGAACAAAAACCGAAAGAGAAGACCAAAGUAAAGGUUGAACGAUUUGUUGUCCCAAAACCUCAGCCUCAGGCGGGUGCCAAACCUCCCUCUACGCUGAAGAAACCGUUUCCUGAAAAGAGAGAGAUGCCCAUGAAGAAAGCGGUGACUGCAUUUAAGGCCGAAGCAAAUACUCAGACAGUUGUAAAAGAGCCAGCCUCAGAAAGCAGCACUCCGUCCUGGGCAAGCGAUCAUAAUUAUAAUGCAGUAAAGCCAGAAAGGACCCCUGCUAUUUCAUCAUCACUGUUGUUCAAAUCACAAAAAGAAGAACGAAAGACUGAGGAUAAACCGGCAGAACCUUCAGCAGCGUCAAAGAAAAUUAUUAUUUCCACUUCUUCAGUUGAGAGGCAGAUGUCUUCCCAAGCUAGGAACCUGCCUCCAAAGAAGCCCUCUUCAUUCAUUAGUGCGACACCAACCAAGCACCCUAUUAAGCAUUCUGCCGCAGGCUUCAAAGGGGUCAUACCAAAGAAGUCCUCCUCGUUGUCAGCUGGUUCACCUGCAUCAAGCGUGGCAUCUUCAAAGCCUUCUCCCCUGUCUUAUGGUGCAUCCUCAGUUCCUAAAAAAACUCUUGCCUCUUCAAGUGUGGCUGGAGGAUCCAGAAAGCCCACCGUGUCUUCUGCUUUGCCUGUCCCUGCAGCACAAGCUAAAUCUGCCGCAAGUGCUGGUCAGGCGCAACCUAACUCCCAAAUUCGACAAAAUAUACGGAGAUCCCUUAAAGAGAUUUUGUGGAAAAGAGUAAAUGAUAGUGAUGAUCUGUUCAUGACAGAGAGUGAAGUGGGAAAGAUUGCACUGAAUAUUGAAAAGGAAAUGUUUAACUUGUUCCAAGCUACAGACACUCGAUACAAGAGCAAAUACCGCAGCAUUAUGUUCAACCUCAAGGAUCCCAAAAAUCAGGGCCUUUUCCAUCGUGUUCUUCGAGAAGACAUUGCUUUGUCAAAGCUAGUGAGAAUGAAGCCAGAAGAACUUGCGUCCAGAGAGCUGUCCUUGUGGAAAGAAAAACCAGCCAAAUCAAUAAUGACAUCUAGACGUAAAUCUAAUGAAAACAAAAAAUCAGCAGUGAAGCAAGAAUUGAUUCCAGAUGUUAACAUGGAAGAUUCCCCACCAGUAUCUGACUCAGAUGAGCAGCAGGAGUCAGAUCGUGCAGCCCCUGAGAAAAGUACAGUGCCUCUUUUGGAUAUUUUCAGCAGUAUGUUGAAGGAUACAACAAGUCAGCACCGAGCUCACCUUUUUGACCUUAACUGCAAAAUUUGUACAGGUCAGAUGUCAGCGUCCGAUGAAGAAUUAACUGCAAAGAAAUCAAAAACUUCAUCUUCAUCUGCUAAGAAAGUUGAACCAAAGCCAGAACCAGUGACAAAAUCUGACAGCUUGACUCAAGUGGAGGAUAUGGAGAUUGAUAAAGAAGAUUCGGACGAUGCUCCAGAGCCGACUUCUGGACCUGCCGCUGAAGCAGCGCCUCAGCCAAGCUUGGAAAGAGCUUAUGUCCCUUUAGCUCAAGCCCAAAACUGCUUGGAAUCCUCUCUAGCCAAUGAGAGCUCUCUGUAUCCUGCCUCUUAUGCUGGUGGAGUGAUCACUACUGUAACCGUCUCUGGCAAAGAUCCCAGGAAAGCAAUGAGCACGUCGGUAACCUCUGUUUCUGCGGGAACAUCUGCAUUGCAUUCCAUACCUGCCCCUGAGAAAGGUUCUCUGGGUGAAAGUAAAGCAGACGUUGCGCGGUCGGUUUCACAAACUCCAAAAUCAAUACUAACAAAGCCGUCGUCCUCAGACCCAAGAUAUUUACCAGCUCCAUCAUCCCUAAACGUUGGUGGUUCAGAGGCACGAUCCCCUCAGGAAGGAGACACUUGCCAGUUUCUCUCACGUAUCAGCACCAUUUGGAAAGGCUUUAUAAACAUGCAGAGCGUGGCGAAGUUUGUCACCAAGGCCUACCCUGUUUCUGGUGCCUUUGACUACCUCAGUGAGGAUUUGCCAGAUACAAUUCACAUUGGAGGGAGGAUCUCACCGAAGACAGUGUGGGAUUACAUUGGCAAACUUAAAUCGUCUGUAUCCAAGGAACUAUGUUUGAUUCGUUUCCAUCCUGCGACAGAAGAAGAGGAGGUUGCCUACAUUUCUCUGUACUCCUAUUUUAGCAGUCGUGGUCGCUUUGGUGUUGUAGCUAAUAACAACAGACAUGUCAAGGACCUCUAUCUGAUUCCUCUCAGUGCUAAGGAUCCUAUUCCACCCAAACUUUUGCCCUUUGAGGGACCAGGUCUUGAAUCGACACGGCCAAACUUAAUUCUUGGAUUAGUGAUUUGUCAGAAAGCCAAGCGUCCGGCAAGUGUUUUAGAAUCCGAAAAGGCGGAAGAAAAACGAAGCAGAGUUCAAUUACAGGAUGAGACAGACAUAUCUACAUAUCCUAAAGGGACUUCGCUUUCUCAGCAGGACAAGAAAUCUCCCAAAAUCUCCCUGUAUUCUGCAGAGACAGUAGUCAGUACAACGCCUCCCGGCUCUCCACCCCCUCCGCCACCAGCUCCCUCUUCAGAACAGUCUUCUGUAGUAACACCUUCUAUGUUGAAAAUAUUAUCAUCAGUGAAAAUGGGAAGCUCCUCCACUGCCACGUCGUCAAACGUUUCCUUGCCGGGAACGAACACGGCAGCCCCAUCUUCUUCAACUCCCUCGUCUUCAAAAUCGUCCACGCCUCUUCAACACAUCUUGCAAACGCUGUUUGGGAAAAAAUCCUUUGACCCUGCAGCGAAGGAUUCUGAAACUGCUCAGAUUUCGAAGACUGACGCUCAAGCGACUAUCGAAGAAGGGUUACCGGCUGCUCCCUUGCUGGAUCCCAUUGUGCAGCAGUUUGGGCAGAUGUCCAAAGAUAAAGCUAUAGAAGAGGAAGAAGAUGACAGGCCUUAUGAUCCGGAAGAAGAGUACGGCCCGGAUAGAGCUUUUGCGGUGCCGAGUGGUGGAAGUGCCCUUGAAAAACACGAUGCUUCAGAGCACGAAGAUGAAGCCUACGAUCCGGAAGAUGAAACGAUCUUGGAAGAGGCAAAAGUUACGGUAGAAGACUUACCUAAUAAAAUGUAUUCCGAGUCUAAAAACAACUCCGUGGCAACGUCUGCUCCGUUUGUCCCUGACGUGUCUGCUCCGACAUCGUUGGUAGAGCAGCAGAAAAUGUUAGAAGAAUUAAACAAGCAAAUAGAAGAACAGAAAAAGCAGCUGGAAGAACAAGAAGAGGCGCUCAGACAGCAAAGAGCGGCCGUUGGCGUGUCACUGGCUUGCUUUUCAGUGUCUGAAGCACUACUGUCGCCUCCUCCAAAGUCAAGCAUCGCAAAAAGUGAGCUAUUUCAAAGUGAAAAGCAAAUGACUGAAAAAUCUGAACUGAUCACUCCCCUAAGUCAGACCCACCUGUUAAGCCAGGGAAGUGAUCCAAGACAAAGUAGAGAUCCCCGACAAGCUUGGAGGAUCAUAACUGAGUGUAAUGAAAAUGCUGACUCUAACCUAAAGACACCAGUGAUGCAGGAGGAAUCCUCCAUGCGGGAUAUUCUUAUACCCAGUUAUUCAGAUCCACCACAACCCUUACCUAACAAAGACGAGAAAACAUUGAUGCCUGUUAUGCAGCUCGGUCAUAGUGAAACGUGGAUGAACGUGAGUGAAAAAGGUCCCACGUUGCCCGAACAAGUUAUACCAACCACCAGAUUUGAAAAUCCCCCACAAGUUCACCAGGAAACCAUAAAUAAACCAGCUGGUGAAGUACCCAUAACUGCACCUGUUCGUAAAGUACUCCUGCCCACACCUCCCAAUCCGUGCUUCUUGCCUGGUUUCUCUGCACCUAAUGAUGCUAAGAAUGUGAGUUGGUCGAAUGUGUCUCAAGACAGUAGUCCAGCCGGGGUCGGAAGAGAUUCUUUUUCAGGCGCUGUGUUCGCACCCCAGGAAAAAGUUCCUGGUCACUUUGAAGCAGAAAGAGGGCCUUCUUCGUUGCAGUAUGAAGGCCAAAGAAAUCCUCAGUCUAGCCACUUUUUUGAACAGGCGGAAGCUCCAGCAGUUCAGAGUUUGGAUGACAGAAGUGGACCCCCAUUUGCUUCUCUUGGACAAAAAGGUGUUCCUCCUCAACCAAUGUGUGGUACUGCUGAUUUCCAUGGACAGAGGGGGCCCCCUCCACAGUUUACUGAAGGACAUAACCCUCCCCUGAACAAUGAUGGACAAAGAGGACCUCUGCCAAACCGGUUUGGGGCACCAAGAGCACCUAUCCCUUCAUUAUUUUCUGCACAGCAUGGGCCACCUCCUCAUUUUGGUGAUAACCGGGGCCCUUCACCAUCAUUUCCUGGAGGCCCAAGAGAAGUCACACCUUCUCAGUUUGAAGAACACAGGGAGCCUCACAAAGAACACAAGGAAUUUCCAGAAUCUCAGUACCAUGAGAAGGCUGGACCUCCUGGCAAAUUUGAAAGCCCUGACCCGCCUCAGUUUAUGGGGACUAGAGGACCUUCACCUUUUACUUUUGGGGGUCAAAGAAGGCCUCCUCCAACUCAAUUUAAAGGUCAAAGAGGAGGCCUACAGCCUCAGUUUGGAGGGCCAAGAGGUCCACCACCUAAUCACUUUGGGGGUUCAAGGGGUCCUCCUCCAAGUCAGUUUGAAGGGCAAAGAGGGCCUGCUUCAGGUCACAUUCCAGGACCAAGAGGACUCUUGCCAUUACCAUUUGAAGAACGGAGAGGAAGCUCGCCACCCAGAUUUCCAAACCAGAGAGGCCCAGCCCCACAUCAGUUUGGACCAAGGGGGACCACACCUGGUCCAUUUCCAGAAAAAAAUGAACCUCCCACGAAUAGACAUACCUUUCAAGGGCAAACACAACAAGGUAUGAAAUCAGCCCCAAGACCACUUUUGGAUCUUCCAAGCCAUCCACCGCAGCAUAGGAAAGAGAUGUGGGACGAAACUGGGCCGCCUGCCUCUCACUCUAAUACAUCAGGACAGGGAUCUGAUUCAGAAGGCCAGUGGACAGCAUCCAAUUUUCGAGAUGGCCGAAGUAAUGAAUACAGGGCUCAAACUUUUGAAGGGCGGCAGAGAGAGAGAUAUGAGGGCAGCAAUAAGGAAAAAAUAUUAGAUCCGCCUGAUGUCCAGCAGUCUGAUAAUCGACCAAACAGAGGAACCGAUGACAGGCGAAGAGAUCGUGAUCAUAAUAGACCCUGGGAAAGAGACCAUGGCAGAAACUGGAAUAGAGGGAGGGAGAGGGAUUGGGAGAGACACAGAGAAAAAGACUGGGAUAAGAACAGAGACAGAAACUAUAACAAAGACAGAGAGUCAGAGCGAGGUAAAGACUGGGAACGAAACAGAGACAGAGCCAGACCCAAAGAAGGAGAUUCGUACCGAAGACGAGACCGAUCGAGAAGCAGGGACCGAGAUUAUGACAGAUACAGAGACAGGGAACAAGCUCGAAGCAGAGAAAGAGACCGAGAAAGGGAUCGGGACCGUGACAAAGACAGAACCAGAGAUCGCAAGGACCGCAGUAAAAGUAAAGAAUGUGACAGGGACUCAAAGCCAGACAUGCAAAUGGGUGGCCAAAGGCUAUCACAUUCAGAGACUCUUCCUUCUUCCAGUAAGACAUAGAAAGGGAAUGACCACUCAAUAAUGAGUCACUCAGAAAAAAAAGAAAGCAACUGUAAUUGACUGUGGACUCUUUGUAUAUAUUGUACAUUCUACAAGGAAAAAUACUUUGGUAAAGCCUGCUUCACAAAAACAGAACAUUUUUGAACAGUUGUACAGUGCAGCAGAUGUUUGGCAGGUAUUUGCUGGACUAGCCACACUAUGUCCAUAAUGCUUUCUUACAGAAUUCAAUGGGCAAAAUCCUUCUCUGUCUUGGUGCAGUGCCAGUCUGUUGAAGGGUUCCCGUGGGGCUUAGCUAGAGCCCGCCAUCCAGAUUUCCCCAUUUAGCCCAUGUGUACGAGUGUUGUGCAUGCAGGCGAUCAGACCUCCUUAAUGCUCACUGCUUCUCGAGGGGGGAAAAGCAAGCGUCUGUUGAGCCUUAUGGGAAUCCCUCCACGUGCAAAAUCUACACCUAUGCAGGGAAGGAUCAUGGCCAGAGAACUUGUGAAAUGUUGCUUUUUCCUACUUCCUUUAUCUUAAAAUUUCCAUUUACAGAUAAUAAAAAAUGGAAAUGUCUUCAAAGAGCACAUUGCUUUUUAAGGAUAUAAAGUUAUGUUUUCUAAUAACUUGAACUGUAAUUUUAUGAGAAUUUAAGCAAGGUCUUAGAAGCCAUAUCUUUACAUCUCCAAUACGUAGUGUUUUUGUUUUUGUUUCAGGUGGUUCCUACAUACAAGACAGCCCAAUGUUUCUGUCCUGAGUGUAUCUAAUUAUGAAUGGGUCUUGUGUAUUUAAGAAGCUAUUUCUGAGGAGCAGUGUUAUUUCUCAUUUGUAACUGGCAGGAUAUUUGAAUAGGGAAUGUUAAACUCCUAAAUGCAUUAUCUUCCUUUUUAUAUGCAGGCGUUUUGACUUACACACCAUUUAGAGUUCAGAUGAGGUUGAAUAUUUCUAAAUAAAACAACUACUUUUCAUGUGAA